AUGCAUGUUCGUGAAGGGGAAGAGGACACUAUGAAUGGUAGCAAUGAAGGGCCUACUUUUGAGGCUCCUGAAAAGGUAUCAUCAGAUGGUGAGCACAUCUCAGAUUUUGAUAGUGAAAGUGAGGGUGAUGGGGACGAUAUGGAAGGGGAUAAUGAAGGGACAAGUAAGUAUAGAAGGGCGGUGGACUUAAAGCAUCCUGAGUUUCAGCUUGGGAUGCAAUUUGAAAACAGAUAUGUUCUUAAAGAGGCACUAAGGGAAUAUUCCAUUAUUCAUGGAAGGAAACUGUACUUUAAAAAAAAUGACAAGACGAGAGUAAAGGCAAUUUGCGAAGGAGGAUUAAAAUGUCCACUUGUGGGAGAAGUUUCGAAGUCCUAUCAUGUGAGGGUGUCCAAAACAGCAAAGAGAUUGGCUAAAGCACAAAUUGAAGGAAACUAUAUACAGCAAUAUGCACGGUGGUGGGACUAUGCAGAGCAGUUGAAGAAUACCAACAAAGGGGUUUUAGAAGGGUGCAGGCCUGUAAUUGGGGUUGAUGCUUACCAUUUGAAAGGUCCUUAUCCUGGGCAAAUAUUGACUGAUGUAGGAGUUUAUGGUAAUAAUGGUAUUUUCCCAAUUGCAUAUGAUGUGGCUGAGAUUGAAAACAAGGACUCGUGGAUUUGGUUUCUGUAUUUGUUGAUUGAAGAUUUAGGUAUUACAAAUGGUUUAUCAUGGGUUUUCAUAAGUAAUAAGCAAAAAGGCAUCAUACUUGCCAUUGCACAUGUACUACCAAUUGCAGAGCAUAGGAUGUGCGUCACGCACUUGUACAAUAAUUUCAUAGCAACACAUCUUGGUCUCACUCUUAAACACAUGUUGUGGGCAGCUGCCAGAGCCACUACUAUUCCUUGGUGGGAAGCAGAAAUGGAGAAGAUGAAGGAAGAAGACUUGGAAGCUUGGAAAUGGUUAGUGCAGAGACCACCCAAAAAUUGGACUAGAUCUCAUUUUCAUCCAAGGAUGGCUAAUCGAAGGACUGCUUGUUGUAAAUUGAAAUACCCUGUUGGAUCAAGGAUAUUCAAAAUAAUUUAG